AAGCGGCAGCUGUCCGCAGCACAGACUAGGGGCGGAGAGGUGGAGGUCUGCGCCUUGGGGUUCGUGAACCCCGCGAUGGACCCGGACCGGACAGUCGCGCGGCGGAGGUCAUCGUUGCGGCUGCUAUUGGUGGCGCUGCUGUGGUCGGGGCUGGCUCUGGGCACCUUCUCCUUGGGCAGCAGUUCCCACCGGGUCCUCCACGACCUCAUGUCGGAGGAGCAGUUGCUGAAGGUGGAGGACUUGUCCCUGGCUCUACUGCAGGGCGGAAGGAUGGGGCCACUGUCACUACCCCCAGACUUGCCGGAUUUGGAUCCCGAGUGCCGGGAGCUGCUGCUGGACUUCGCCAACAGCAGCGCAGAGCUGACCGGGUGUCUAGUGCGCGGCGCCCGGCCGGUGCGCCUCUGUCAGACCUGCUAUCCCCUCUUCCAACAGGUCGCCAGCAAGAUGGACAACAUCAGCCGAGCCGUGGGGAAUUCCUCAGAGAGUCAUAGUUGUGCCAGAAGUCUCUUAAUGGCAGAUAGAAUGCAAAUAGUUGUGAUUCUGUCUGAGUUUUUCAAUUCCACAUGGCAGAAGGCAAAUUGUGCAAAUUGUUUAACGAACAAAAGUGAAGAAUUAUCAAAUAGCACAGUAUACUUCCUGAAUCUGUUUAAUCACACCUUGACCUGCUUUGAGAAUAACCUUCAGGGGAGCGCACACAGUCUUCUUCAGUUAAGAAAUUAUUCGGAAGUAUGCAAAAACUGUCGUGAAGCAUACAGAACUCUGAGUAGUCUGUACUGUGAAAUGCAAAAAAUGAAUGAACUUGAAAAUAAGGCUGAAUCUGGAACACACUUAUGCAUUGACGUAGAAGAUGCAAUGAAUAUUACUCGAAAACUUUGGAGUCGAACUUUCAACUGUUCAGUCCCUUGCAGUGACACAGUGCCUGUAAUUGCUGUUGCUGUGUUCAUUCUCUUUCUACCUGUUGUCUUCUACCUUAGUAGUUUUCUUCACUCAGAGCAAAAGAAACGCAAACUCAUUCUACCCAAACGUCUCAAGUCCAGUACCAGCUUUGCAAACAUUCAAGAAAAUUCACACUGAAACCUACAGAAUGGAGAAUUGACAUCAUAUCCCAUGGAUGAAUGGUGGAAGACACAGCUUGGUCCAAAAGAAGAUAAACCGUGAUUUAACAAGUCAAGUUCUUAAGAAAUGCAAGGACUUCAGAUUUAUUUUUAAAUAAGAAUUUUCAAUUUUUCUUUCCUGUUCCACCCCCUUUUUAAGGGUUUGGGUAUUUUUAAUUUACAGGCAUAGCAAUGUUGUCUAUUUUAAAGUGUAUUUGUUAUAAUAACAAAAGAUGCAAGAACAAUCUUGUUUUAUUUUGUAGGCAUAUUGUUACUAUUUGAGACUUCCAGUAUCUCCUUAGUUAACAUAGUAUCUCUAGUAGCAAAGUUUUUGAGAACUAACGUUUAAAAAUUAAUCAGUUAUAGCAAAGACUUUGAAAAAAAUUUACUUGCCGAAAAGUAGCAAGUCCAAAGAUUAAGUUUCUCACCAUUGCAGUAUUAUUGUCACAUAUAUUUAAUAUGUCAUAUAUUACAAAUAAUAUGUAAUUCAAUCUCUGGUUUCCUUAAAGUCAUUUUUGAAACCACUAGUUAUAAACCUCCCCCAAAAUUUUUAGAAAUGGAAAGGCACAUUACAUUUAUCUUUGUAAAAAGAUUUAUGGUAACUGGUUUCUUACUUGACUUUUAUAAAUAGUGUUUUACACCUUAUUUUUGCCUUUAUUUCAUAAGUAAUUUGAAAUCACUGGACUGCUUUAUUAUAUUCAGGGCAAGAUGGAUUCUUUUUAUACCAGGUAUUUGCAUUGUGGAUUAUAUUAUUUGGCAAUUUAUAAUUUAUUACCACUUUAAAUCAAAUGUAACAUUGUCACAAUGUAUUUAAAUUAUGAUUUUUUAAUAGGGAUUUUCUCUUGGGAUAUAUGGGGAGUUUGGGAGGGGAGAAAAAGGAGGAGUGAAAAAAAGCUUAAGAUUCAGAAAAUAGACAGGGACCGGAGGGGAUGCUCACUAUAAGAGUAUUGAAUGGUUUGUACUGGGGGGCGUGAGUCAGAAAGAGAAUCUGAUACAGAAAGUAGUUCAGUUAAGAUGAUGCUUAUUUUUUUUCUAAAUUAUUUAAAUCAGAUAAAAGUGAUAUAUGAUUGAAAUGAAGUCAGAUAGUUCACACUCGAAAACAAAUUCCUUUUUGGAAUGUUUAUAUCAACCUUUCAAAAAAAGCUUCAUUUCAGAAUUGUUCACAUUUUUUUCCCUCAGGUUUUUAGCAUUAGGUGUUUCACUUGUUAAUUCCUUCUAGCUGUCUUGGUGGAAAUAGGCUUUCUUUUCUUUUUCUUUCUUUCUUUCUUUCUUUCUUUUCUCUCCUUCCUUCCUUCCUUCCUUCCUCCCUUCCUUCCUUCCUUCCUUCCUCCCUUCCUCCCUUCCUCCCUUCCUCCCUUCCUCCCUUCCUCCCUUCCUCCCUUCCUCCCUCCCUCCCUUCCUUCCUUCCUUCCUUCCUUCCUUCCUUCCUUCCUUCCUUCCUUCAUAUAAAGCCUACUUUAUAUAGAAAAACAGUUUGCUUAAUUGGUACAAGAAUCUGAAUCCCUUUAUACACUGUAAAAUGCUCUUAUAGAGAGACAAAAAAGUGUUUUUAUUAUUUUUUAAAAUGUUUACCAUAUAUGCAGAGUGAAAGAGAAGGCUCAUCCUUGGAUAUGCAACAUAUCCAAAAGCUGUUACAGUUUUUCUAGUCUGCUGUGAUCCAUUUAAAAUGUGCUGGGGUUUAUUCUGCUGUUACUGUUCAUGCUGCCGAUGCUAAUAGCACUGUCUUGAUUUGAAGCAUAUGGUUGAGGGCCAUUGAAAGCAAUCUUUCAUUAAUGCAGAUAAAAUCAGUUUACAUGUACAAAGUUACAAAAUGGCAUAUCUGAUUCUGUAAGAAGUGACUCUUUGAGCACCUUUUAAUAUCAUGUAUUUCUGAAAACCAUUGCUUUUGGAUAUGGUUGCUAAUAAGCACUUUACAAAAGAAAAGGCAGCCUUUAAUAUUUUUCUGGUUGAGUCAUUGCUCUUUAGAAGUAGCAUCAGCAAUAGAUUUCAAAAAUAAGCAU